AUGGACAUGGAAGAACAAGCGAAUAUGUCUAGCGUAUCCGCUCCAAUAGUGGAGAAUGUAGGAGCGGACACCGUGGUCCAAAAUAGGAGACAUUUGGAAGAAGAAUUUAAUAUGCAGAGAGCAAAAAUGAAAGAGCUGUUUUUACAAAAAGAAGAUGAUCUAAGGAAGCUUCGUUUGGAGAAGGAGCAGCUUGACUCGGAAGUCUUAGGCCUGAGAGCUGAACUCCAGCAACUUCAGACUUUCACUGAGAACCAAAAAUCAGAAAUACAGAGCUUGCAGAUGUUAGUUAGUGAAACAAUUGAAGUGUCAUCCUCGGGCUCUGAGGAGAUCCGACGUCUCAAAGCUAAGAACUCGGAGCUUGAACAACAGGUUCAACAACUUCGCACACAACAACAGGAGGUGUCUUUGGCUCCGGCUACUUUUGUGCGGUCUCUCGCGCGUAAACUCGGCGCCGACACGGAACUCGACCAGCCAGUUAAGAAGAAUGUAGAAGAUGGGGAGCUGCUGCAGGCCAUCAUUCAGCCCAUGGAGAUGGAGAUCGUCGCUCUGAAGAAUAAGUUGAGAGACACGGAUACACGCCUGCAGGAGGCUAUGAAAUCGGCUCCAAGUUCAGGAAAUACAGGAAGUAGUUCCGGCGAUGGCAAAACAGAUCCAGAAGGCGGAAAGAGUCAGGCGUCGUGUGAUAUGUGUGCCAAUUACGAGAGGCAGUUGGUCGCGGAACAGAGUCGGGCUGAUGCCGCUCGAGAGAGGGCUACUCGAGCCGAGAGCGCGUUGAAACUGGCGACGGAAGAAUUGGAAGGCGUCCGGUCGAUCCACGACGAGACCGUCCGCAACUGGCAGGCGGAGCGCGCAGACAGCUUGGCUCGAAUCAACGUUCUGAGCCAGACCUUGGCCGAGAGCCACGAUCUGGUCACCGAGCGCUGUGCCGCCGCCGAAGACGCCUCUCGAAGGGCCUUGGAACAGGUCACCACGCUCACGGUGGACCGGGAGACGCUGCAAAAGAAAUUAGAUAGCUUAGAGAGAGACAACGCUAUGUUGAUAGGACAAUAUGCGAAGAAGGCAGUCGAGAUGCAAAACGAAAUUAUUAAUCUGCCCGACAACGUUAUAGAAUUACAAGAGCAAUGCCUUCAACUGCGCGAACAGCUCAUUUUCUGUCAGCUCGGCCGUGAAGAGGGAGCCGCCAGCGAGCAAGAACUCCGGAACCAGCUUUUGUCCCACGGAGCCCUGCUGAAUCAGCAGGAGGCCGCUCUGGCCUCCACCGACGCCGAGCUGAGGGGGUGCAGAGACGAGCUGGACAGGCUCCAGACUGAGCGGGAACAGAUGAACGAACUCGCGAACAAGCUGAGGCACUCCACGGAUAUGAUUGAGAAACUUCUGGAAGAUAAGAAACGUCUGCAAGGUGAGGUGUCGGAGACCAGAAAUCGCGUUUCCGUCCUGCAACAAGAGCUGGACAACAGCGAGAAGGUCCAACAGGAUUUCGUCAGACUCUCGCAGUCUCUGCAGGUUCAGCUCCAGCGCAUACGAGAAGCGGACACGGAGGUGCGGUGGCAGUUCGACGAGGACGUCGGCGAGUGCCCUUCCUGCCACACGGCUUUGCCCAACAGCAGGAAAAAGAUCCACUGCAUGCACUGCGGCCGGAUAUUCUGCGCUCCGUGCGUGAACCACUCCGUCCCCAGCGGGCCGAGGGGCGCCCCGGCUCGGGUCUGCUCGGUCUGCAGCACUCUCCUGCAGCCCCACACCGCGCCCUACUUCAGCACCAAACCCCCGAACUCGCCGGACUAA